AUGUCGGCCUAUCGAAAACCUGUACUGUUCCAGGAGACUACUGUUUCGAGGAGACCAACUCGUCUAGACCUGGACAAAUUGAUAUACUUUCACCGUGGGCUUCCAGGCUACUCAAAAACCAGACUAAUAGACCUACCUGAACUAGCUAUGGAGCUUAAUGUGAGGAAUGUAUUCAUGAAAGACGAGAGUGAUCGAUUUGGUCUUCCUUCGUUCAAGAUACUGGGAGCGUCAUGGGGUACAUUCACAGCGAUAUGCUCACUUUUAGGCCUCCCUCAAGAUUCGAGUCUGGACCACCUAUUGAAAGAAGCGACGAGCUGCAACGUGAAGCUUUUUGCUGCUACCGAUGGUAACCAUGGACGAGCAGUGGCACGUAUGGGUCGUCUACUAUCACUAAUCACAUCCAUUUAUGUUCCAUCCGAUUUAGAGGACCAUGCGAAGCAACUUAUAUCUGGGGAAGGAGCCCAAGUAAUCACAUAUGACGGUGAUUACGAUGGUGCAGUACAAGCAGCUACCAAAGCAGCUGAGAUUACCACAAAUGGACUUCUCAUUCAAGACACGUCUUUUCCAGGGUAUGAAGACAUACCCUCCUCCAUCACACAAGGCUACUCCACAAUCUUCAGGGAAGUCGACGAUGAAUUACAACUUCGAGGACUGCAAGUAGAUGUUAUUGUGACCCCAGUGGGCGUUGGAUCACUUGCUCAUGCCGUUGUGCAGCAUUACAAGACACUGGGUAUGCCAGAAACGACAAGGGUCGUCACCGUAGAGCCAGAUACGGCAGCUUGCUUCUACAGAAGCCUGCAGAGAAAGAACCCAGCUAAAAUAUCAACCGCUCACACUAUUAUGACGGGAAUGAAUUGUGGAACGGUGUCGCAUGGAGCAUGGCAAGACUUAUGCCACCUUGUUGACGCCAGUUUGACAGUAUCGGAUUUCGAGGCUCAUCAGGCAGUGCAAUAUCUCAGAACACAGAAGAUAUCAUCCGGCCCCUGUGGUGCCUCUAGCGUCGCAGCAUUACGGCGUCUUACGAUAUAUGACCGGGCGCACCUAGGCCUUCAUCCUGACACAGUGAUUGUUCUUCUGAAUACUGAGGGCGAUCGUCCGUAUGAUACUCCUCUUGAUGUUUCAACAGAUGAUCCGGUAGAAUUGACUCGCUUAUUGACCCGAAUUCAAUCUACCAAUCUCACUCUGGCAUCGACUCAAAGGACUCGGGAAACUUAUAUAGUAGAUUUUAUCGAAGCAUGGCUGCAGCACAGAGAUAUUGAGAGCUGCCGCUUGAAUCAAUAUUUAGUCGUCCUUCCAUCAUCGGGAUUGUUCCAGGGAGGAUACAAGGCUCAAACUUCAUGCUUAACAGCCAUACAGAUACUGUCAGCUUAUCAAAUUAUCCUUCUCACCCAUUAA